AUGCAUCCAUCCACGACCACCGAUGCGACAACGGGUGUCUCCCCAGAACAAGAUGUUGAGAAGAACUCUAGUCUGGCACCUCUCCUAACCUCCUAUUCCGCCUCCGUCGCCAUGGACCCAGAUCCAAGCAAUACUCCUCCACCGACGGCAGGGCUCACCGAUGGAAAGGCAAAAAAUGGAAAGCCAACGGGCGUCCAGCGUGUUUACGCCCGGAAGGGUGGGUUCCUCCUCGGCCAGUGGUUUUUUACCUUUUGGGUGCUAGGCGCAACAGCCCAAUCUCUCAGGCUUGCGAGUGAACUGCGCUUUGCUGUCCCUAUGCUUGCAUAUACUGUGGUUUGUGCCUCUAUCCACGUCGUCCCAAUGUACUACUUCGCUAUGUCUAACAAACCUGUCUCGCCUACGAAUUCGCGGCCGCCCCAGUGGUACCUAGUCACCUACGCCAUUUCCUCCGUCGCAUGGUUCGCCGCUAUGGCCUGCGUGGUCCUUGUGCUGGUCGACACCUUGCCGUUCGACGGUGACGAGGAUAUCGCCAAGGGGCUGCAAAAGUGCGGCAAGCACAAAACCUAUAAAUGCUACCAUGCCACAAAGAACGCUCAGAUAAAUACCCUCGCUAAGAUGAACACUGCAACCGCUGGUUUCAUAACUCUGUUCAUUAUUGGCCACUGGUAUCAGAUAUCCAAGCUCUGGUGGUGCACAUUUACGGCAGACGAGAUCAGGGAGGCUUAUGAAUUUAAUCCAAGUAAAAAGUAG